AGAUUUGAAGUUUGCGCCGCCAUCUCACACAGAAAACGAGCCACUUUUCUGCUCAGAACCGCAAACAUCUUCUUCUGACCUCGACCAGUACGGAGGUAGUGGCCGUCCUUCUAUACGCCAUUCCCUCCUCACCAGGUAUUUUCGCCGUCUCCUUGUCUUCCACGCUCGCCAAUUGAGCCAUGGCGACCUCGUCACGAGCUCUUAGCAAGCUCGCGGUGCCCCAAGUGGGUGCUGUAUUGCUACAAUCUCAAACCGCACCUCGAUUGUUCCUCCAGACAUCACGCCGAACCAUUGGCGCACGACCCGUCUUCGGCAGCACACAAGGGCCUGUUUCGAGACAGUUCCGGCGCGGCAUCUCAGACGAUGCUGCCCCCGCCCCCCUGCCCAAGAAGCGGCGGUUCCGGGUAUUAAGAUGGACCUGGCGCUUGACUUAUCUCUCAGCCAUCGCCGGUAUCGCAUACAUUGGCUACGGCGUCUACCAGGACAGGCAUCCGGAACCCCAGGUUGAACCCGACCCGUCCAAGAAAACGCUCGUUAUCCUCGGAACCGGAUGGGGUUCUGUCUCGCUCCUGAAGCGCCUCGACACCGAAAACUACAACGUAAUCGUCAUCUCGCCGCGCAACUACUUCCUUUUCACGCCUCUGCUCCCGUCAUGCACCAACGGAACUAUCGAGCACCGCUCCAUCAUGGAGCCGAUCCGGACCAUUCUCCGUCAGAAGAAGGCUCGCGUCAAGUUUUACGAGGCUGAAGCCAGCUCUAUCGAUCCUGAGCGCAAGGUUGUGCGCCUCAUCGAUACCUCGGAAAUCAGGGGUGACAUUACCGAGACCGAGGUGCCAUACGAUAUGCUUGUGGUCGGCGUGGGCGCCGAGAACGCCACAUUCGGCAUCCCCGGCGUGCGCGAGCACUCGUGCUUCUUGAAGGAAAUUGGCGAUGCCCAGAAGAUCCGCAAGAGGAUUAUGGAUUGUGUCGAGACGGCCGCCUUCAAGGAUCAGUCGCCUCAGGAGAUCGACCGUCUCCUGCACAUGGUUGUGGUUGGCGGCGGCCCGACGGGCGUCGAGUUUGCCGGCGAGCUGCAGGACUUCUUUGAGGAGGACAUCAAGAAGCUGGUGCCGGACAUCAGCGACCGCUUCAAAGUGACGCUGAUCGAGGCGCUUCCCAGCGUCCUGCCCAUGUUCUCCAAGCAGCUGAUUGAGUACACCGAGAGCACCUUCAAGGAGGAGAAGAUCAACAUCCACACCAAGACAACAGUCAAGAAGGUGACCGACAAGACGGUUGAGGCCGAGGUGACGCGGCCCGACGGCACGAAGGAGACGGUCGUCUUCCCGUACGGCCUGCUCGUCUGGGCGACGGGCAACGCCGUGCGGCCCGUGGUCAAGGACCUGAUGUCACGCAUCCCGGCCCAGGCGAACUCGCGCCGUGGCCUUGCCGUGAACGAGUACCUGGUCGUGCAGGGCACGCGCGACAUCUGGGCGGUGGGCGACUGCGCCGUGGCCGGGUACGCCCCCACGGCGCAGGUGGCCAGUCAGGAGGGCACCUUCCUUGCGCGUCUGUUCAACAACAUGGCCAAGACGGAGGCGAUCGAGACCAAGAUCCGCGAGCUCAGCUCGUCGCUGAACCUGCAGCCGGGCAACUCGGCCGCCGUCUCGCGCGAGAUUGAGCAGUACGAGCGCCAGCUGCGCCGUAUGAAGGACGUCAAGCCUUUCAAGUACAGCCACCAGGGCAGUCUCGCCUACAUUGGUAGCGAGAAGGCCGUCGCCGACGUGACGUGGUUCAACGGCAACGUGGCGGCCGCCGGCAGCCUGACCUUCCUCUUCUGGCGCAGCGCCUACCUCAGCAUGUGCUUCAGCACGAGGAACCGGCUGCUGGUCAUCAACGACUGGCUCAAGGCCAAGGUGUUUGGCCGUGACCUUUCGCGGGAGUGAACCGCCGAUUAUCGGUUCGUUUCCUGAUGUUUCCGUUUAGCAUUCCGGCGGAUGACGGAGCCUGUUGCCCUUCUCCUAGUUCCUUUGUUACUCGCGGCGGAUGAUAAUGGAGUCUGGCAUUGAAAAUAAUAGACCACGGACUAGACUGGGUUUGCAGAUAGACGAGGACAUCGAUGACGAGGAAUUUCGUCUUGUUGACCCAUGCUGUAUUUUUGAGAUAUGGUUGCCUCUUUUUCUCACUUCUUGUGCAUCCAGAAGGCCAUCUUGCCCUUGCCAGUGUAAUCUAGCUGAUCGGUGGCAUUUGCGGCUCGUCUUGUACAACAAGCUUAGGCGGAUAUCCAGAUUUAUUAUUUCAGAUGUUACUACGUCCCCCAUCCCAACUUGUCAGGUCCCAUUGACAAUGCUGAAGUCG